AUGUUGACCUCGCACUUGGCGGAGCAGGCGUCGAUCUCUUCGACGCGGUGCGAGGCAGGGUCGGAGAAUGGCGUCGAAGCAGACAGCGAGAGAGAAGAAGAAGAAGAGGAGGGUCGCAGAAUGGCGUCGAAGCAGACGAGGAGAGAGAAGAAGAAAAGGGUUGAAUUCAUUGAUGCUACACUUAGUUCGCCCAAGUCAGGAGGGACUAAUAAUGCUAAUGCUUUAGAAACUUUAUUAGGGGUACCAUGGUUUUCUACUGUGUCUAACCAUAACAUUUUACAACUUCCAAAAGAAGUCUUGCCUGAGAGGAGACAAAAAUGGAUUUUCAAAAAUACGCAGACUCAUCGUUCUGAAAAGUUAGCGAACCUGUGUGCAAAUAAACUGGGGACUGAUGCUACUCUUAAUGAAUUUGGUAGAUUGGGGCGAGAAACUGGUGUGAAAGAGUACAAUUCGUUAAUAAGGAUCUGCAUUGAGCGGGCUAAGGAUUGUGAUCAUGAAGAUGUUGCACUGGAAAAACACAUUUGCAAGGCUUUCCUACUUUUCAAUUUUAUGAAGGAGCAGGGUUUUCAGCUGGAAGAGGAAACUUAUGGUCCACUUCUUAUGUAUUUAAUUGACAUGGGUAUGAUAGAAGAGUUUCAUUUUUUCCAUAAGGUUAUUGAAAGUGGAAAUUCUUGUUCGGAUCCAAGACUAGGUUACUAUGAGAUGUUGUUGUGGAUCAGAGUCAAUAAUGAAGAGAAGAUUCAGGAACUCUGUAACUGCACUGCAAUUGAUUAUGAGGGAGACUAUUUCAACUUGAUAGAGAAUUACUUGUUAGCACUUUGUGAAAGCAAACGGAAUAGUGAAUUUUUGCAACUUUUGGAGACUGUGGACAUAACAAAGGUUUCCUCACUGGACCAUGUGAUGAGUAUUUUUAAAUUCUUGGGGAGGCUAGUGUUGGAAUCCUUUGCAGAGAAGUAUCUUUUGGCAUUAAAAAAAUCUGACUAUGGAGCAGAGAAUGUCUCAAAUGUCAUCUUUAGCUACAUCUUUGGCAUUCCAAAUUUAGAGGUUGAGGAUAUUAUUUCAAAGUUUAAAGACUUGCAUGCCAAGCUGGAGAUCAAACCUUCUUCUACCUCCUAUGAGAAGCUCAUUGCUUAUACUUGUGAUUUGUACAUGGUGGAUUUGGCUCUUGAUAUAGUUGACGAAAUGUCUGAAGCUGGAUUGACACCAUCCAUAGACUCAAUAAACUCUAUUUUGAUUGCUUCUGAGAAAUACUUUUCGUAUGCUUUGGUUCAGCGAGCCUAUUUGAUAAUCUGCUACCAUAACUUGAAGCCAAAUAGUGAGACCUUCAGGCGCAUGAUAAGUUUAAGUGUGAAAAAGGAGGAUUUUGAUGGUGCAUAUGCAAUGCUCUGUGAUGAAAAGAAAAUGAAUUUGAUGCUAACUGCAGACAUGUACAAUGCUAUAAUGGAUGGGUAUUUUCAAAAGGAAGACAUGGCUAGUGCGUUGAAGGUGUUUAAACAAAUGGAAAAGGCAAACGUGAAGCCAAAUUGUCAAACUUUCAGCUACCUUAUAAAAAAUUGUAGCAAUGAAAAAGAUAUUGUCAAGUAUUAUGAAGAAAUGACGUGCUCCGGAAUUCAAGUUACAAAGCAAGUCUUCAUGGCACUUAUUACUGCAUAUGCAUCUUGUGGAGAGUUUGAGAAGGCAAAACAGGUGAUCUUAGACAAAGGUAUUCCUGUUGAAAGCCUAAAUGAAAUCAAAGGAUCACUUGUUGCAGCUCUUGCAUCGAAUGGACAAAAGUUUGACGCCCUUGUCAUAUACGAAGAAAUCAAGCAAGCUGGAUGGAGAUUGAAUCCUGAAGAUGCCUUUGAACUUCUUCCUCAUCUCCAUUCUGAAGAAGAGUUGAGUAUAUUGAUUCAGCUAUUGGAGGAUGUGAAUGAUUCACCCUAUUGGAUGGAUGUUUGCGAGUCAGCGAUUGCGUGUGCUGUUCGAUUGAAGAGAUUAAGCUAUGCGGUUCCUUUGCUUAAGCAACUCAAGGAUAAAAUCAAACCUAGCCGUUUUGUUUCAGAAGGCUUUUUGUUUCAGGUAUUCUCUGAAAUAGCGGAAGAGCCUACCGAUUUGCAAUUUGGCUUAGACUUUUUGCGGAUCAUGAAGAAUGAACUUGACAUCGCUCUAUCACCUGAAUGUUUCGAUUUUCUUCUCAGUAUUUGUGUGAAAGAGAAAAAUCUGCAAAUUGCUCGUUUGAUUUGGAAAGAAUAUAAGACAGCAAAUCUACCUUACAUUACUUUUAGUUGUUUAUGGAUGUAUCGAGCCCUUUUGGUUUCAGGUGAUCCCUGGGGUGCAAGGAAAAUACUUAGUAAAAUUCCGAAAGACGAUCCCCAUAUCCGUAGGCUAAUUAGGGGUGACCAUGAAAAUUGGGUAGAAUUAGAGGCUUACUGGGGUCCCAGUUUCAGUUUCCUACCUCGAACUGGCCUGCAGGGAGUAGCGUAG